AUGGCUCCUUUGCAGUUUGCGCGACUUCGACCAAGUGGCUUCCGUCAGGCUUUCACCUCUGCAGGCAGGCGGCGCUCGGCAUAUUGGCUUUCUAGCCUUUGGCUGCUUGCAGCAUUCUUUGCAUGCCUUUGGUGGGAUGUUCUGACCUUCGCUUCAAGCUCUUCUGCCACAGGUAGAUCUUCCAGGAGCCUGCUGCAGGCUCAGCAGAAGGAGUGGAGUGGCGCUGGCCUGCAACUGGGAGUGGCGAGAGUCGGCCAAGUCCUUGCGAAUUUCGCUCCACAAGUGAGCUCCAUUGCCACCUGGCAGCUGCGAGUUGGAACGAUUGAUCAGUUGAUUUGCUGA